GGGCAGCGUGAGGAGCCGUUGGUCAGCUGGAGCAGACCCCUCCUGCUGGCUUCCCAGUGCCCUGCCCGCAGCAGGUCAGCUCCCAUGAAACCCUCAAAGGCGUCCCAGCGCUACAGGAGCGUGCGGAGGAACGCCGGCCAGCACUAUUUCUACCAGGAGUCUCUGCUGCUCAGCAACUUGGACGACAGCUUCAAUGCUGACGAAACGGGGGACAGCACUGAUCCAGAGAAGAUCUUCCAGAAUAUCCAGUUUCAGAAGGAUCUCAUGGCAGACAUUCGCUGCAGACCCUGGACCAUGGGACAGAAGCUGAGGGCGCUGAGACGAGCGAAGGAGAUCGUGCUGAAGUUUGAGGGGAGGCUGACCCGGACUCGAGGCUACCAGGCAGCAGGUGCGGAGCUCUGGCGCAAGUUUGCUCGUCUCGCCUGUAACUUUGUGGUCAUCUUCAUCCCCUGGGAAAUGAGGAUAAAGAAGAUUGAGAGUCAUUUUGGAUCGGGCGUUGCCUCCUAUUUCAUAUUCUUGAGAUGGCUGUUUGGAAUUAAUAUUGUGCUCACGAUUAUGACAGGUGCCUUCAUCGUCAUUCCAGAGCUCAUUGCCGGCCAGCCCUUUGGAAGUACGGCCAGCAAGACCAUCCCUCAGGAGCACGUAGCUUCGGCCCAAGACCUGGACACUGUCUGGUCCCUGGGGGGUUACCUGCAAUACUCAGUCCUCUUCUAUGGCUACUACGGCCGGGAGCGGCGGAUCGGCAGGGCCGGCUACCGGCUGCCCUUGGCGUACUUCCUGGUGGGGAUGGCCGUGUUCGCUUACAGCUUCAUCAUUCUCUUGAAAAAGAUGGCGAAGAACUCCCGCACCAGCCUCGCCAGCGCCUCCAAUGAGAACUACACCUUCUGCUGGCGGGUCUUCUGUGCCUGGGAUUAUCUCAUCGGCAACCCAGAGGCCGCAGAGAGCAAGACGGCCGCCAUCGUGAAUAGCAUCCGGGAGGCGAUCCUGGAGGAACAGGAAAAGAAGAAAAGCAAAAACCUAGCCGUGACCAUCUGCCUGAGGGUCAUUGCCAACAUCCUGGUGCUUCUGUCGCUGGCUGGGAGCAUUUAUCUCAUCUACUUCGUGGUGGACCGGUCCCAGAAGCUGGAGCAGUCCAAGAAGGAGCUGACGCUCUGGGAGAAGAACGAGGUGAGCGUGGUCGUCUCCCUCGUCACCAUGCUGGCACCAUCCGCCUUCGACCUCAUCGCCGCCCUGGAGAUGUACCACCCUCGGACCACCCUGCGCUUCCAGCUGGCCAGGGUCCUCGUGCUGUAUCUGGGGAACCUCUACAGUCUGAUCAUCGCUCUCCUGGACAAAGUCAACAGCAUGAGCACCGAGGAAGCUGCUGCCAAAAACAGCACGAGUCCCUGGGUAGAUUCCACCGUCAUCUUUGCCACCAGGACAGCCCCUGAGGAAGGGAAAUGGUCCACACCUGGGCCCGGGAUGGGGCUCAGGAGAAACAGCACGUGGGCCCUGGAGGAAGCUGGCCUCCCGACUUCCACCCCGCCUCUCUCAGAGGACAACAGGACCACCGUCUACACCCAGAGGCCGCAAGACCAGUGCUGGGAAACAUACGUUGGGCAGGAGAUGCUGAAGCUUUCCAUCAUCGACAUGCUCUUCACGGUGGCCAGCAUCCUGCUCAUAGACUUCUUCCGAGGGCUUUUCGUUCGGUACCUGAGCGACUACUGGUGUUGGGACCUGGAAAGCAAGUUUCCUGAAUACGGGGAAUUCAAAAUAGCCGAGAACGUGCUGCAUCUGGUCUACAACCAAGGGAUGAUCUGGAUGGGGGCCUUCUUCUCCCCCUGCCUGCCUGCCUUCAACGUCCUCAAGCUGAUCGGGCUCAUGUACCUGAGGAGCUGGGCGGUGCUGACCUGCAACGUGCCCCACCAGCAGGUGUUUCGAGCCUCCAGAUCCAACAACUUCUACUUGUCAAUGCUCCUGUUUAUGCUCUUCCUGUGCAUGCUGCCGACCAUUUUCGCUAUCGUCCGAUACAAGCCAUCUCUAAACUGUGGGCCGUUCAGUGGACAAGAGAAGAUUUACGACAUUGUGUCGGAGACGAUAGAGAAGGACUUCCCGGCGUGGUUCGGCUCCGCGAUGGGGUACGUCAGCAGCCCCGUGGUCAUCCUGCCAGGCGUGCUGCUGCUUCUCUUGCUCAUCUACUACCUGCAGAGCAUCGCCAGGUCCCUGAAGCUCAGCAACCACCAGCUCAAGAUGCAAAUCCAAAAUGCAAGAUCUGAAGAUAAGAAAAAGGUUGCCCAAAUGGUAGAAGCCCGAAUCCAGACGCAGGACGAAGGCGCCAAGAGGCUUGCGAAGGACAGUGACCUUGGCAGCCAGCUGUCCUCAGCUCCCUCCGCCACUCCCCAGAACGACUGCACCGCGGUCAGCUUCGACUCACCCAGUGGCAAGAGCGGCAGGGUGGAGGCCGUCGCCCAACCCACACCCUGGAGUCCCGGGCCAGGGACCAGCAGUCCCAGUGCGUCACUUCCCGGCGUCUCCAAAUCCAGGCCAGGGCAAGAUGGGAACAGGUAUCCACGGGGUCCGGGGACCAGCACAGGAGACCGUCCCAGGAACCGAGCCUGCACACCUGUCACGUUUGCAGAACGCCUCGGAGACGCUCACUCAGAGCCUCUUUACCGAAGAGACUUCUGGCGAAUCCACCCUCCUCUUCCUGGACCGGGGGUCUCGGGCCCGGGGCCACAUGGCCACAGGCCCCACGCCCCCAGGUACUAUGUCGUCAAUGAGCGUGACUCUCACAAAAAGCCCCAUCAGACUUUCUGGCCGGAGAGACAUUUCAAGAUCGACGCCUUAGGGGACGUCGUGGAGAUGUUCCCCCGGAAUGUGCGGCCCUGUGGGUCCCGGGCGCCUCAGCCGGCUCGCUCUCCGCAGCUGAGUGACGAGGAGGAGGAGGAGACGCUGAGGAGAGAGUGGGUCAAGGGGUACUUCCACCCUCGCUCCCUGAUCGACCUCCACGGGGCCCCCCAUUUCUACGUCGGUGAGAGGUCAGGGAGCCAGACGCUGGCUCCCGAGCACCAGGGAUGGGGGCUCUAUACGUCCUGGAACGACGGUUUUGAGGGUCCCCUUGACAGGCCGGUGUACAUGCACAGAAAGCCGCGCCCCCGGAAUGUCCAGCACCUGCAGCAGCCCCCGAGGCCCAGGGCCAAGCCCCGGGGUGAGCCGGCCCUCACCGAGUCUGACUCCAUGUCGGCAGCCUCCAGCAGCGACCCGCAGAACAGCGGCACUGACCAGUACCUGCAGAUCACGCCCAGCCCGGGCAAGUUCUCCAGGCCUGCCGGCCCGCUCACAAGGAGGAAGGCUGUGUCCAGGCAGGAGCUGACUGCAGAUCUGAGCAACCUGAUCUGUUCGAACGUCUAGGGCUCCUUCUGGGGUCCCAUCUGUAGCGAGUCAAGCCGUGUGGGAGCACUGAUGCGCUCUGACAGCAUGUGGACCCUCCCCUCCUGCAAAGAGACGACACACCCUGAGGGGCGCUGGAGACCGUGGGGCGCAUCCAGGCCUCUCAGCUGCCGGCUGCAGCCCCCACACUCACGGGGCCACGACUCCCUGUCCUACAAUGGCCACCUGCCAUGGGUUGUUCCUGGGGCCUCUCUGCGUCCAGCACUUCCACACAUUAGACCAUCCUUUCAAAAAGCUUUGGGAUGGCAAAUCGCAGGCAAGCCGGACGGCCCCUCCCGAUCGCAGAGGCCUCACGGGAGAUGUCUGUGUGUCCUUAAUCGCGAGGGAGCUGUCCAUAUUGCGAGGCCCUCUUUUGCACACAAAAUUCAGUCCUCCCAGAGGAGUGCCCAGAAAUGAGGCGGCUGUCCUUAAAUAUUCAGAGAGCUGAAUUAGUUCAUAUAAAUAGUCAGUUUAGUAACGACAAGAGUAAUUAAAAUUUACUGGGAUCUCCCUCUACUGUUCACUGAGCUGUGUGUCCAUAUUAAUUAGCCAAGGCACUUGGAUGCCAGGGAACGAAAUCUCCAAGGCGGAUGGGCUCCUUUGCUUGCAGAGGGUGGGAGUCAAGCUGGCUUCAGGUGCAGCUGGACCAAGGGCAUCCAACGUCUUCAGGAUUCUGUCUUUUCACCUCUCAGCUGGACUGCUGUUUGUUGACCUCAUUUUCUCCUACUGCCAAGUCCCUGUGGCAGGUGGGGGAGGAAUUCACGGCCACAGAAAAUUCCCGGGUUAGGGCACCCAGCCAACGAGCCAGGGAAAGAACAGACUCGUCGUUUCUCAGCUCACAUCAUCUUCACGUUUGUGGCUGAGGCCUUUGUCACCGGCAUCAUGAGGGUUUGGGCAGCAGUGCGUUCAGCCGGCCAUGGCAGCCAGAAGCACCCCCCGGUCCUAUUUCCAGGACAACUCUUUUUGCUCUAAAUUGCGUCUUUAAGUUCGCUGUCUCCCCCACCAGCCCGUGAGGACCUUCAGGAUGGGAAUGGCGUUUCUUCUUUUUUUUGCAUUCUCAGCUAUGGACACAUAAUAGAUAUGUUUUCUGUGGCUGCAUAACAAAUUUACCAGCUUAAAACCCACAUUUCGUCUCACAGUUUCCAUGGGUAGGGAGGGCGGACGUGGCCCAGGUGCGUGCCCGCUCAGGGUCUCCGUCCGGGUGUCAGCCAGAGCUGGCAUUUCCCCUGACGCUAGGGGUCCCCUUCCAAACUCAUGUGGCUAUUGACAGAAUUCACUUCCUCAAGACUGUUGGAAUGAGGCCAUCCACGCCCAGAGGCUGCCACGUUUCCCUGCCACAUGGUCCUCUCCACAAUGGGGCUGUUUGCAUCUUCGAGGCCAGCAAGAGUGGGCCUCUUUGGCACCCGAUCUCUUUUUCCAGGAAGGCCCGGACUCUCUUUGGAAAGGACUCGCCUGAUUAGGCCAGGCCCACCCAGGAUCAUCUCCCUCUUGAUUCACUCAGAGUUAAUUGUUCAGAGAUCGUAAUUACAUCUUCAAAGUCACUUUAUCUUUACCACAUAAUGGAACCUAAUCCUGGGAGUAAAAUCUCACCAUCUUCACAAGGGCCAGUACACACAAGGAGAUUUCACAGGAAACGUGCACUGGGGGGCAAGCACCCUGGGCGCCAUCUCAGAAUGCCGCCUACCGUAGAUCCUUAACACACACUUGUUGAAUGUAAAGGGGUGAAGGAAGGAAUGAAUGAACUGUACUAACGAAUGAAUCACAAAUGACGUAGCAACAGGGUUACAGUCCGAGAUGGACUGCCAAUUCGAACCAAAAAGAGAAAUCCAGUGUAAAUAACGCCUUUUUAAAAGUACACACAGAUGGGCACUCCUCCCCAAAUUCAUGAAGAGGUGUGCACAGAUUUUUGGAUCUCCUCCCACAACAGAUCCAGAAGGCAGUGGUCUGCUCAAGACGAAAGGUCCCACAGGCGGUGGGAGCGUCCUCUGUGACGGAGGUGUGACGAGGGCUUUCCUGAUGAGAGUCCCCUUCUAUGUGCUUGGUCUGGGGCUGUGGCCUGGAGCUCCCGGGGACGUUGACACACAUUUGGAAAAGGCUGGCCCUGCCUCUAGCACCUGUGGGAGCUCCUGUGUCCGAGUGGGAGCCGCUCCGUGAGCACAGGAGGAGAAGCCGGCUCUGCAACAUUCCUAAGAAACAGGGUGUUGCCCAUACACACCCAGGGUUGCAAGGAUGUUUAUCACCUCCCAGGGUGCCACACAGCCCACAUCUGCCCUGGCAGUUAGUACUGGGCUCUGCUUAAUUUAGAGAAAUUUAAAAGGUGCAGAAUAGUAGAAAGACUGGUGUGACAAGCACCUGUAUUCCCACUGCGUCAACACUGUUGAAAUUUUAUUUCCAUGUAGUCAUUUUAUUAUCAUUAAAGAAAGUAUUACAGAAAUAAUCAGUCUGCUCUAAUGCCCACACUUAGUUUCAUUCCCCUCACGCUACCAAGAGUUUGGCGUCUGUCCGUUCGGUCAACUUUAUAGCUACAUACGUUGUGUACGUGUGUGUAAAUAUAUAUUUGUAAGCAUCCAUCAGCACGUUUUACUUAAGUCAACGCUCUCAUCCCACAUGUAUUGCACAUAUUUAUGUUUCUGCGGUCUGUUGAAGAAAUACAGAUCAAGCUCACUUAUUAUAACGGUUGCAUAGGAGCUCAUCAUGGAAAUAAACUCACCAUUUAUCCGUU